AUGGGUGGCCAGACGUCGCGUAUGGUGCGUGAGAUCGUGGAGGACUCGGCGUACAUCAUCCGCCAGACCAAUCGUACCACUUACGAGCGCAGCCGCGCUACCAAUGCAGAAGUCCAGACCAAGCUGACGGAGCUGCGUCGACUCAACAAGGAAAUGCUGCAGUCCGCCGAGAGUGACGCACAACGUUCCGAAGUAUUUGAGUCGUUCCAGAACACGGUGGGGCAGCAGAAGAAGGCGCUUGAUGAGCAGGUCGAGGGGUUUGCCAAGCAGUUCGAACUGCCCAAGAGCUACCAGAAGAUCGCAGACGCGCAUCGCGAGGAGAUGCAGCAGGCUAAAGUGAAGGCAGAGCAAGCCGCUGAAGCUCUUAAACAUCCAGAGCAGAAGCAGUCGUGA